GGGGAUUGGAACACCUGAAUCACAUGAUAUGGAGGGGAUUGGAACACCUGAAUCACAUGAUAUGGAGGGGAUUGGAACACCUGAAUCACAUGAUAUGGAGGGGAUUGGAACACCUGAAUCACAUGAUAUGGAGGGGAUUGGAACACCUGAAUCACAUGAUAUGGAGGGGAUUGGAACACCUGAAUCACAUGAUAUGGAGGGGAUUGGAACACCUGAAUCACAUGAUAUGGAGGGGAUUGGAACACCUGAAUCACAUGAUAUGGAGGGGAUUGGAACACCUGAAUCCACAUGAUAUGGAGGGGAUUGGAACACCUGAAUCACCAUGAUAUGGAGGGGAUUGGAAACACUGAAUCACAUGAUAUGGAGGGAUUGGAACACCUGAAUCACAUGAUAUGGAGGGGAUUGGAACACCUGAGAACAUGAUAUGGAGGGGAUUGGAGCAAGCUGAAUCACAUGAUUUUGGAAGGG